AUGUCGUUCUUGAACCCCAUCCUCAAGGUCUCCAAGGUGCUCAAGGUAAAUUUGUGGUUUGGAGUGUUAAAAAUAGUUCAGAUAGUAUUUUUUUGGUUUGAAAAUUUGCAUAAAUUUACAGGAAAACAUGUUUUUGAGAAAUUGUGGAAAUAAAAGCUAAAAUGAUCUGGCAAACUGCGCCCAGCGUUUUGCAGGAGAUGCGCAAAUUCGGUAACGUGCUGUUUUUCCGAGAACUUUUGAGUAUUAUAUAAGACAUCGACCAAAAAUAAUGUCGCUGAUCUUUUGUUGAAGCUCUUGUGCCUAAACUUGAUGUUUAUCUUUUCUAUUUACUUUUUGACCGCUUAUAACUAAUCUUCUAAAAUUUCAGCCCCUUCCCAUUCGCUUCUACUCCACCGUGAAUGAAGUCACGUUCCAAACCAAGCCCUACAAGCUACACAAACUCGACUACGGACCGAAUGGAGAGACCGUCUUGACGAGGGACGAGGCCUUGGACUACUACAAGGAGAUGUUGGUGUUGAGGAGGAUGGAGACGGCUGCCUCCAACCUCUACAAGGACAAGAAGAUCAGAGGCUUCUGUCACUUGUACAAUGGCCAAGAAGCUGUCGCUGUUGGAAUUACUGCGGCCAAACACAAGGAUGAUGCUCUGAUUACAUCGUACAGAUGUCACGGAUGGACGUAUCUUAUGGGGUCUACAAUCUCUGAGGUUUUAUGCGAAUUGACUGGUAUGUUGUGGUAUCUUGGUUGCAUAUGUCAUGGGUUUUAGUACUAGUACCUUGAGGAUGAACUAUAACUUUAGUAUCGCUAAUGGCUUGUUACAGUAUUACUAUGAGUACCAUACUAUUAUAUUUUAGUACUAUAAGUACUAUAAGACACCAUUUUGGUAUUAUAAGUAUUAUAAUAUACUAGUUUAGCAUCAUAAGUACUAUAACAUACUAUUUUGGUACUAUAAUAUACUAACAAUACUCUAGGUCGUAUCUCCGGCAACGUGUACGGUAAAGGCGGAUCCAUGCACAUGUACGAACGCAACUUCUACGGUGGUAAUGGUAUUGUUGGUGCCCAGAUCCCACUCGGUGCUGGCUUGGCCUUUGCUCAAAAGUACCGUAACGAGAGGAACGUAUCGUAUGCCUUGUACGGCGAUGGCGCUGCCAACCAAGGUCAGUUCUUCGAGACAGUAAACAUGGCUCAGUUGUGGAAGUUACCGUGCAUCUUCAUCUGCGAGAAUAACGGAUUCGCUAUGGGAACGUCGGCGACAAGAGGUGCUGCUAGUACUGACUACUACACCAGAGGCGACUUCGUACCAGGUAGGGGAUUUGAGGUUGUUUUUUGAUUUUAAGGGUAUACUGUAAUCCAUUUUUUAAACUAAGGCAUACUGUAACCGCAUACCGUAUAAAUCCUUAAAAUUCUGGUACCAGGAAUCUGGGUGGACGGUAUGGACGUGCUCACAGUACGAGAAGCCAUCCACUUUGCUCGUGAGUACUGUAUCGCCGGCAAAGGACCUUUGGUACUCGAGUUGGCUACCUACAGAUACGUCGGUCACUCUAUGUCUGACCCUGGUACCAGCUAUCGUACUCGUGAAGAGGUACAGGAAGUCAGAAAACAUCGUGAUGCUAUCGUCGGAUUCAAGGACAAGAUCGUCACUGCUGGUCUGGCUAACGACGAGGAGUUGAAGGUAGGCAUAGGAAGUCACGGUACAGAUAUUGCGGGUGUUAUGAUUAUAGUGAUAUCUUACUAUAUUAGUUGGCAAAGUAUACUGUAAUAUACGGUUUUUUAUAUGAAAUAAGGGACUUUUGGUGAUAUACCUUUAACUGACAUACAGUAACUGUUAAGUGAGUUACAGUAAUCUUUUCUUGACCUAAAGUAACCCUGGCUUACUGUAAUUUUUCCCACUUUUCAGCAAAUUGAAAAAGACGUUCGUGUAGCCGUGGACGAAGCUGUGAAGCAGUCCAUCUCCGACCCAGAACUGCCAUUGGAGGCCUUGUACUCCGACUUGUUCGUCAACACCGAACCCCAGACAGUACGUGGUUGUAUCGUAGAGGAAACCAUCGUACAACCAGAGCGAUACACAGCCGAGAUCAUCAAGAAAAGCGGCAGAACACCCAAAGUGUACCAACCUUAA